AUGAACGCCUCCUGCUGCCCGCGCCCUCCUCACCCACCGCCGCCCAACAGCUCGGCGCCGCCGGCGGCCCCCGCCUUCGGCAACCAGAGCGGCGGGCGCUUCUGCGAGCAGGUCUUCAUCCAGCCGGAGGUGUUCCUGGCGCUGGGCAUCACCAGCCUUCUGGAGAACAUCCUGGUGAUCCUGGCGGUGGUGAGGAACGGCAACCUGCACUCGCCCAUGUACUUCUUCCUCUGCAGCCUGGCGGUGGCCGACAUGCUGGUGAGCGUGUCCAACGCCCUGGAGACCGUCAUGAUCGCCGUGGUCAACGGCGCCUACCUGACCUUCGAGGACCAGUUCAUCCAGCACAUGGACAACGUCUUCGACUCCAUGAUCUGCAUCUCGCUGGUGGCGUCCAUCUGCAACCUGCUGGCCAUCGCCGUGGACAGGUACAUCACCAUCUUCUACGCCCUCCGCUACCACAGCAUCAUGACGGUGAGGAAGGCCCUGGCCCUGAUCGCCGCCAUCUGGGCCGGCUGCGGCGUGUGCGGCGUGGUGUUCAUCGUGUACUCGGAGAGCAAGACGGUGGUGGUGUGUCUGGUCACCAUGUUCUUCGCCAUGCUGCUCCUCAUGGGCACGCUCUACGUGCACAUGUGCCUCUUCGCCCGGCUCCACGUGCAGCGCAUCGCCGCCCUGCCCCCCGCCGGCGGCGCCCCGGCCCAGCACUCCUGCAUGAAGGGGGCCGUCACCAUCACCAUCCUGCUGGGCGUCUUCGUCUUCUGCUGGGCGCCCUUCUUCCUGCACCUGGUCCUCAUCAUCACCUGCCCCACCAACCCCCACUGCGUCUGCUACGCCGCCCACUUCAACACCUACCUGGUCCUCAUCAUGUGCAACUCCGUCAUCGACCCCCUCAUCUACGCCUUCCGCAGCCCCGAGCUGCGCAACACCUUCCGGGAGCUGCUCUGCGGCUGCGGCUGCGGCGCCAUGAGCCUGGGCUAG